AUGGCCCGCACGAAGCAAACCGCCCGCAAGGUCAGCUCGCUCUGUCGCCUCGUCCCAUGGCUAGCUCAUCCUCCCAUAGUCCACCGGAGGCAAAGCCCCUCGCAAGCAGGCAUGUCGCUUCCUCGCCGUUGCCACCUCGUCUCACACAGCUCACCAUCACAACCUCAGCUGGCGUCCAAGUCCGCCGCCCGCAAGACUGCCCAGCAAGCUGCUGGCGGCGUGAAGAAGCCCCACCGCUUCCGACCCGGAACCGUCGCCCUGCGCGAGAUUCGUCGUUACCAGAAGUCGACCGAACUACUCAUCCGCAAGCUUCCGUUCCAGCGUCUCGUCCGUGAAAUCGCCCAGGACUUCAAGACCGACCUUCGGUUCCAGUCGUCGGCAGUGAUGGCCCUACAGGAGGCCGCCGAGGCUUAUCUCGUGUCGCUGUUCGAGGACACCAACUUGGCUGCCAUUCACGCCAAACGCGUCACCAUACAGCCAAAAGAUCUCGCCCUUGCUCGCCGACUGCGCGGAGAACGUGCUUAA